CCAGCAGCACAUUGCAGACUGACAACAGCAGGAGCCUCCUUCCAAAACAAAGAAGACAUCACUGAAGUGGAAACGCAGUCUAUCGUCUGAGAUUUUUAGUUCAGACUUUAUUGUCUGACUUUGAACUUAGUUUGCAUUUUUGCUGCAUUUUGUGCCACAGCAGAUCUCAUGAUGGGAUGCUGUGGGUUAGUUGUGUGUUUACUUUUGGGAAUAGUUGCGCAGAGCGGAUGGAGCCUUCCUGUCAAGUCGAUCUUUGUCACCUUCCCAGGGGACAUUGUAAAAAAUGUGACAGAUACGGAGCUGGCAGAAAGUUAUUUAAAGAAGUUUGGCUACAUGGAGACAGAGCAGCGCAGUGGCUUCCAGUCCAUGGUGUCCACAUCCAAGGCACUGAAGAAGAUGCAGAGGCAGAUGGGUCUGGAGGAAACCGGAGAGCUGGAUAAACCAACACUGGAGGCCAUGAAGCAUCCUCGCUGUGGUGUUCCUGAUGUGGCCAAUUAUAAAACCUUUGAUGGGGAUCUCAAAUGGGACCACAAUGAUGUUACAUACAGGAUCUUGAACUAUUCUCCUGACAUGGACCGCUCUCUGAUUGAUGAUGCCUUUGCGAGAGCCUUCAAGGUCUGGAGCGAUGUCACUCCUCUGACGUUUACCCGGCUCUUUCAAGGCACCGCUGACAUCAUGGUCUCAUUCGGAAAAACUGACCACGGUGAUCCAUACCCUUUUGAUGGUAAGGAUGGACUUCUAGCUCACGCCUAUCCUCCUGGUGAGGGCAUCCAGGGUGACGCUCACUUUGACGAUGACGAGUACUGGACUCUGGGCAAAGGAGGAGUGGUGAAGACUCUUUACGGAAAUGCAAAUGGCGCCUUGUGUCACUUCCCGUUCACUUUCGAGGGCAAAUCUUACACCAGCUGUACCACCGAAGGCCGUACGGACAACCUGCCAUGGUGUGCAACCACAGAAGACUACGGCAGGGACAAGAAAUACGGCUUCUGCCCAAGUGAACUUCUGUACACAUUUGACGGAAAUGCGGAUGGAGCUCCGUGUGUCUUCCCCUUCACCUUCCUGGGGAAGGAGUAUGACAGCUGCACCACCGAGGGACGCAGCGAUGGAUACCGCUGGUGUGCCACCACAAGCAACUUCGACACAGACAAGAAAUAUGGCUUCUGUCCCAGCCGUGACACUGCUGUAAUUGGAGGAAACUCUGAGGGAGAGCCCUGCCACUUUCCCUUUGUGUUCUUGGGCAAGGAGUAUAACUCAUGUACAAGCGAGGGGAGAGGAGACGGCAAACUGUGGUGUAGCACCACUGAUAGCUAUGAUGACGACAAGAAGUGGGGUUUCUGCCCUGACCAGGGUUAUAGCCUUUUCCUGGUGGCUGCCCACGAAUUUGGACACGCCCUUGGCUUGGAUCACUCCAACAUCAGAGAAGCUCUCAUGUUCCCCAUGUACAGCUACGUGGAAGACUUUUCCCUGCAUGCAGAUGACAUUGAAGGCAUUCAGUACCUCUACGGAAGUAAAACUGGACCUGAUCCCACCCCCCCUCAACCCGACACUCCUACCACAACUCCUUACCCCGAUGAGACAGACGCCACCGAAGAUCCAUCCAUCGUGACCACGCCGUCCACUGUAGAUCCAACCAAAGACGCCUGCAAAGAGACCAAGUUUGACACCAUCACUGUGAUUCAGGGACAUCUACAUUUCUUCAAAGAUGGACAAUUCUGGAAAGUACCAAACAAGGGAGACGGAGGCCAGCAGGGACCCUUUUCCAUCUCUGAGAAGUGGUCAGCUCUACCAGCUGUCAUUGACUCUGCCUUUGAGGAUCUUCAGACCAAAAAAUUGUACUUCUUUUCAGGAAAUAGGUUCUGGGUGUACACAGGAAAAAGUGUGCUGGGUCCCCGCAGCAUUGAGAAGCUUGGUUUGCCCCAAACCGUGCAGAAGGUGGAAGGAGCGCUGCAGAGAGGGAAAAGCAAAGUGCUGCUCUUCAGUGGAGAGAACUUCUGGAGGUUGGAUCUCAAGACCCAAAUCAUUGACAAAGGCUACCCCAAAUAUACCGACGUUAGCUUUGGAGGUGUCCCUAAUGAUGCUCAUGAUGUAUUCCAGUACAAAGGCAACAUUUACUUCUGCAGAGACCGCUUCUACUGGCGCAUGAAUUCUCGCAGGCAGGUGGACCGUGUUGGCUACGUAAAAUAUGACCUUCUGAAAUGCGCAGAUGGCUCAAGAAUUAACUAUUGAGCUACGUGCAGAGAUGGGCCGUAAGGUGGUGGCGACCAAUUGUUUCUCUGUGCUGGCGUUUGGAAGAAUGUAAUGCAGUGUUUGCGUAUCAUGUCUGUUGUAUGAUGUGUUUGCUUUCUGCAAUGUGAACAACUGGCCUAUGUUAAAUUUGGCUAAUAAAUACUCAUACAGCAUUGACCAGAAUAUGAGUCAAAGGCCCAGAAUAGGAAAGCAAAUGUCCCGUCGUUUGCACUGCUCUGCCCUCAGCCUGAUAUUCUGUGAACUCAUGGCCAUUGUGGCUUAAGAUUUAAGAGACCCAUAAAAGGAACUGAAACACAUUUUCUCUGGAUAAAAGUCCAGAUUUGCAGAUUAAAUUUCAUGUCUGACUGGUUCAGACACUUGUCAGUAUUGGGUUAUUUUUGGUA